AUCUGACGUAGUUUUUCAAGAUGGCGGCGCCCCACUCCAUCAUGAAAUUCUGGAAACCCGGGGCCGAGGGGCCGGGAGUGUGUGAGGAGAGGGAGCUGAACACGGAGCCGAGUGGCACCGCCGUCAUCUACAACCCUCACAGCGCUCUGUCUGUGGAGAAACAGAGGCAGAAGCUGCCCGUCUUUAAGCACAGGAACAACGUCCUGUACAUGGUGGAAAGCUUUCAGACCGUGGUGAUCCUGGGUGAGACCGGCUCGGGGAAGAGCACCCAGAUUCCUCAGUACCUCCUGGAGGCCGGAUGGGCCGCAGAGGGGAAGGUAAUCGGCGUGACUCAGCCUCGGAGAGUCGCCGCUACAUCGGUGGCCAGUCGGGUAGCAGAGGAACGUGGGGCGUUUUUGGGGCACGAGGUGGGAUAUACCAUCCGCUUUGACGACUGCUCAGAUCCUCAGGCCACCCGAAUAAAGUUCCUCACUGACGGGAUGUUGGUCAGGGAGAUGAUGGCCGACCCGCUGCUCAAAAAGUACAGUGUCCUCAUGUUGGACGAGGCCCAUGAGAGGACUCUCUACACCGACAUCGCCAUCGGCCUUCUCAAGAAGAUUCAGAGGAAGAGGAGAGACCUGCGACUUAUCGUCGCGUCCGCUACACUGGAUGCCAAGAAAUUUCAUGACUUUUUUAACCUGAAUGAAACGGGAGACCCGAGUAAGGACACGUGCGGGAUCCUGACUGUCGAGGGCCGCACAUUCCCUGUGGAUGUUUUCUACACAGUCAGUCCAGUUCCAGAUUACGUAAAGGCCACCGUGGAAACUGUCAUGAAGAUUCAUGAAGCUGAGGAUGACGGAGACGUGCUGGUGUUCCUCACCGGACAGGACGAGGUGGAGAAGGUGGUGUCCAUGCUGCAGGAUCAGGCUCGCUCUCUGUCUCGUCACGGUAUGAAGAAACAUCUGCGCGUCCUUCCCAUGUACGCCGGCCUGCCUUACUCCGAGCAGCUGAAAGUGUUCGAACGGCUGCCACCUACUGUCCGAAAGGUGGUGGCCGCCACUAACAUCGCCGAGACGUCCAUCACCAUCAACGGCAUCGCGUUCGUGAUCGACUGUGCAUUUGUCAAGCUGCGAUGCUACAACCCCCUGACAGCCAUCGAGUCUCUGGUAGUGACGCCCAUCUCCAAAGCCUCGGCGUCUCAGAGAGCAGGAAGAGGAGGACGUAACCGGCCCGGGAAAUGUUUCCGCCUUUACACAGAGGAAGACUUCGAGAAGCUUCCGGAGAGCACUGUGCCCGAGAUGCAGCGCAGUAAUUUGGCUCCGGUGAUCCUCCAGCUCAAAGCUCUGGGCAUCGACAACGUUCUGCGCUUCAGCUUCCUGUCUCCUCCCCCGGCUCAGACCAUGGUGCAGGCGUUGGAGUUGCUCUUCGCUCUCGGCGGUCUGGAUCAGUACGGGUGUCUGACGGAGCCGACGGGGGUCCGUAUGGCCGAGUUCCCGCUCAGCCCCAUGUUCGCCAAGAUGCUCCUUGAAUCCGGAAACUUUGGCUGCUCCAAAGAGAUCAUCACCAUCGCCGCCAUGAUGCAGAUCCAGAACGUGUUUGUGGUGCCAUCCAAUCAGAAGAAAGCAGCCGCGCGUCAGCACAGGAAGUUCGCUGUGGCUGAAGGUGAUCAUCUGACCAUGCUGAAUGUCUACGAGGCCUUCGUGAAGCACCAGAAGAGUUCUCAGUGGUGUCAGGAGCACUUCCUGAACUAUAAGGGUCUGCUGCGGGCCAUGACGGUGCGAGAGCAGCUCCGUCGCCUGCUCAACAAGUUCAAGGUUCCUCGAACCUCCAGUGAAGGUGACCCAGAUGUGAUUCUGAGGUGCAUCGUGUCCGGGUUCUUUGCUAACGCGGCUCGCUUGCAUCACUCCGGAUCCUACAGGACUUUACGGGAUGACCGGGAACUUCACAUUCAUCCCAACUCUGUGCUUUACGGAGAGAAACCUCCAAAAUGGGUGGUGUUUAACGAGGUGAUUCAGACCUCCAAGUACUACAUGCGAGACGUGACUGCGGUGGAAUCGUCCUGGCUGGUGGAAUUGGCACCUCAUUUUUAUAAACAGGCCACGCACGGCUCUCUGGGAAGCAAACGCUCCAAAGUCUUCUGAAUUCGUCCUCCAUUGAGACCGGCUGCUGAACUGAUAAUCCUAAAAUACUUGAGCGUGUAUGUGUACACACACACACACACACACACACACACACACACACACUAUAUUUAUUUCUUCGUCCGCCAGCACAUGAACAUGAUUUUGUCUUGAGGUCAAAGGUCGUUCAUAGGGCUUCCUUUUUUAUUUUAUUUUUUUUUAUUUUUGUACUGAUUUUUUUUUUUUACUUAUCUCUUGCAUGGCUUAACUAAAGACAUGAAAUAUAUUUCUCCAGUUUUUUCAAAUUUUUUUUAGAAAAGAGAGUGAUCUAGAUGGAUCUAAGAGCUUGGGACAAAAUCAUACACUGGAAUUAUUAUUAUUAUUAUUAUUAUUUAAUUUUUUAUUUUUUCAAAGAAAUACUGUGUAGCUGAGAGUUAGUGGCCUUUUCUUCACCAUUAUGUGCCAAAUAUUAAACAUAUUUUAUAAUGUUGCCAUUUUUACACCGGUGCCUAAAAAUGUGCUUUCAUUUAAACCCACAGAAAGCCUGGAGAUUUUUUUUUUUUUAAACACAGAUUUUCCAUGUUGAUUUUUCUGAAAUUCGGCAGAAAAUCAUUAGAAAAUAUAAUUAUUCUGUUUUUUUUUUCCUCAUGAGGCUGUACAUUUACUUAUAAACAUUACCUUAUUGCCCCAGGGUGUUUUAAAAAACCGUUUUGAACGAGAGCACAAACAGAAACGGUCGGUAUUUUCACAUCAGCCUGCUUUCAUUUUAUUAAACGUUACUCCUCAAGCUGAAUUAAUUACAAUCUCUACGAUAUCUGCAUGAUGAUGAUGAUAACGAUAAUAAACCAAUUCCUUGUGUAGUCAAAGCUGGAGCUGCUGCUCAAGUCACAAAUAUUUAUUAUUAUUAUUAUUAUUAUUAUUCCAAAAUCAACUUUCUGCAUGUUCAGUUCCUGUCGGAGCGCUGUAAACCUCAAACGUAGUGCGUAGUAGACUGACAGUUAAUCUCAGCAAUAAUCUCUCUCCGUAUGAUGAGGUGUGGAUCGUCCUCCAUGAAACUAAAACUUCCUCCAGAUUUAAUUUCUUCUCAAACUUCUGUAUGGAUAUGAAACAUGACAGCCUCAAAUAAAUCCAAAUCUUCACACAAACAUGUGUGUUUUUUUUUUUAGCUGGUAUUAUUAGUAUUAUUGGUAUCCAGAAGUCAAUCAGGCAUCACUACUUUACUGUCAUUGCUAAUAUUGGGGCUGAAACUCAGGAGGGAAACGUGGAGUGUUUUUCUGAACGAACUGGAUUUUAAACUUCUUAAGAUUGCUGUGAACAGUGUGUGUGUGUGUGUGUGUGGUGUAUGUGUGUUGUGU